UGUAUCCGUCAACUCUCGAUGCACUUGUUUCUUCGAUUUUGAAUUCUGUUCUUGCAAAAACAAGUGAUAAAUGUUAUCAAAAAUAUAAGAGAUAUGAUUGUGUACAUAUCAGUUCAUUAAGCUAUUGCUUCUUUCUGAUUUGGAAUCGAAUGUAAGAUAGCUUACGGCAAACAUUGGAUCAGCAGGCGAAUAGAGGAAUUUUUACAUCUGGCACUACAUGAGGGAGUAAAGCGAUUAGUGCAGUCGUCAACUAAACGUCAAAACGUGCGGUGGAUUCGACUGCAACCAAGAAACCAAAUUUCGUUGUGUCGUAAAAUUCGUGUAUAUUUUCCUUAUAGAGUUUGGAUCAAAAUGGCUAAAUAUUAUGAAAAUUCGACUGUUUACAACUAUACAUGGGAACAGGUAACCCAAUGUUUCUGGAACCGGUAUCCAAAUCCGUUCAGUUCGCACGUACUAUCUGAAGACACUGUCUGUAGGGAAUUGCGAAAUGGUAAUCUACACAGCAAACGGCUACUAACAAAAACUAAUCGUGUACCAAAAUGGGGGGAACGAUUUUUCAAGGCUAAAUCCGUCCACAUAGUCGAAGAGUCAAUAAUCGAUCCGAAGGAGAAAGUUCUCAUUACUUACACUAGGAAUAUCGGAUUCAAUAAAAUCAUGAAUGUUGUUGAGAAAGUCACCUAUCAAUCUGUUCCGGAUCAACCGGGUAAGACAAUUGCCAUCCGAUCAGCCUGGAUCGACUCUUCGGUGUUUGGGUUUGCUACCGCAAUACGCGCGUUUGGAUUAGACCGAUUCAAGAAGAACUGUAUGAAAACCGUUGACGGUUUCAACUACGUACUACAGCACAUGUUCCCAGCCCAUCCUUCGUCAUUGGUCCCUGCUCACAACCCACACCUUUCUAAGGCUCAGAAAAUCAAGGAAGCCGCAAAACAUGCUACGGACCACGUUAAGGCCCAGGCCGAACACUUAGUGCAUAAUCUUUCCGUAAAAGGUUGAACCAAGCCCCCCUAGUGGGGAAGAAUGUUGAUCCUGUUCAGAUACAUUCAUUAGUACAUAGAAACACUCGUUGUUACACUUCUUGAUAAGUCGGUUGUUAGUUAUUAUUCCGGCGUUUUUUUUUUCAAAUUGUGCAACAGCAAACUCUUAGGUCGAAACAAUGAGAGAAACAAGACAAAAAUGCUUGACGCUAGAUCUAGAAAGUUCUCUACUUUUGAACUUCUUUCAAGCAAAUUGCAAACUUUGAUUGCUAACACAAAUGAAAUGAGCGCAUCAUUCCACGCCAAACAAUUUUACAUCGCUGUGCUGAAACAGCCUAAGUAGUAGACGUGUUACAUAAUAAAAGUUAAAAAUCCUGAACACAUUACAUAUAAAGUAGAGUUCUCCAAUACCAUUACAAUAAGCAAUAGAAGCUUGAUUUUAAUAAUUUGAGAAAAAAGUUUAGUAUACCAAUAGUAAUCUUAGCAUCGUGUUAUGAACAGAAGUUCAACAAUGCGCCACCGUACAUAAAACUGUUAUAAAAAGUGGUUGCAGUUUUCCACAAGUCUAGAUAUGCAAAGCUUUCUUAUAGAAGUGUAAGUAAACCAUUUGUGGAUAGAAAAAUUUGUGGCCUACUUCGUUAGAUAAA